AAAUUAUGAUUGGUUGAAAAUCUCACUGUAGAGCUCUGAAGAUGAAGUUGUUCUGAGGAAAAUUCUGUACGAUGCUGUAAUAUUGGCGGAUUAUUCUUUCCUCAAUCUAGAGAGAGAGAUUAAAUUACCUGUGGAGCGCUUGCAUAGAAUUGCCUUGACACGAUUGAUUGUUACACAUGAAGCUAUAGAGUUUUUAAGGGAACAUGGAGAUCGGGCAAAACCUAUAUCUUAUGUAAAUGCCUUCUCCUCUUCUCAUUUAUCUUCCCAGUUAAUUAAAUGGGUCUCAAAUCAGAUUGUCAUGGAGGGAAAAGUGAAUAGACCCAAUGGAUCAUCACCUAAAGCUCUUAUAAAGUGGCUGCUAAACCUUGAGGGUCAAGGGAUAAGAAUAUUUGAUGAUAGCAUCUCAAGAUAUCGUGCCAAACUAGUCCUUGAUAUUUCCAAAGUAGAUUAUGAGCAACCAGUAGGUAGAGCAGAUUUCAAGAAAUUGGAUGAUGAUCUCCUCUUUUAUGUUGAUAAGAAGAGGGAAGAGGAAGAUGGAAACAAGGAGGAUAAAGAGACAGAUGAUUCCAUGAGUGCUGCAUUUGUUUCUGCUGCUCGGACAAUGAAGUUGGCAGAAAAGGAUGGGGAAAGAAAACGGAAAAAAGGUAGUAGCAUUGAAAAGAAGAAACAGAUCAAGUUCCAAAAGUACAAGCUUCAUGACAAUUCUAAUUCAGAAAGAGAGUCAUCACAUUUCCAUGAUGAUGGUCUGAGUAGUGGUAGCGAGAUAGAGAAUCCACUCUCUGAUGAUGAAGAUAUGGAAGUAAAGGAAGAAUAAGAUAAACAUGGGAAACCUGGCAAGAGGGACUACUCGUAGAAACCUUAUUAAUACUGCAGCUUGAUUCUUUGAUUGAAGUGUUUAUGAGGCAGUUAAAACCAGUUGUACACCAGAACAUAUGUUUCAACCAACCUGUUGUAAGCUUGGAAGAUCACGCAGAAGAAUACACACAACCUACCUAUUAAUGGUAGUGUAAUUCAGGGAUACAAGUAGGAAACUGACAUACUACUGCCAGUGUAAUUCAGCUUUGCUAUCCUCACAAAUAGUUUGCAUCUUUUCUGUUGGAUUAUUGCUGUGUAAUGGUAUGACUAUAUAGACUUCUUAUCAUAGCAUUGAAGCCUGUAUGAGCAAGCCCCCUAAUGAGAUUAAUAUUUAAUUUGAGGUGGCAUCGUGUUUUUUCUCCA